AGGUAUAAAAGCAGCCCGCAAGGCAGUCAUGCAGGUGGUGAAGACAAAGCAGCGAUGAAGCUUCUCCUGGUGGCUUUGGUGGCCGCAGCCCUGUGGGCAAAGCCAGCUGACUCCUUGACUUGCUAUGUAUGCGAUAAGGAGGAAUCCAACUGGAAUUGUCUCAAGCCGCAAACGUGUGCCAAGGAGGACAAAUACUGUGUCACAACGCACUCCACCGUGGGGCUCGGCAAGGACAAAGAGCCUCGCAUUAGCAAGUAUUGCUCUGCCUUGUGUCCCGAAACAAACCUGAACAUCGGCAUCGCCUCCUUUUCUGCCUCCUGCUGCGAGACCUUCUUGUGCAACAUCAGCGGAGCCAGCAGCGUGAAAACCAGCUACACCGUGAUGGCUGCGGGCAUCCUGGCCAGUCUCCUCUACGUCCUCAGAGCUGGGCUGUGAAGGUCCAGAAUAAAGGGAUCCCGUGUAAAGGGAUCUCCAUCCCAUCUCCUCCGUGCAAAGGUUUCCAGGGGGUGAAUCCCCAGCCUCUGCCUGUAACCUCAUCCUCAUGGCUACCUUGGCCCUCAGGCCAAAAUGAAUGUAUUCACCCCUAUUCACCUCCACGUGGAUGCCCCCUUCCCCUUCACUCACCUGCUUCGUUUUCUCCGAGUGUCAUGUGCUGAACAGAAGCUGGACACAAUAAAGAUUUAUUAUUUUUCUUUUGUGUAA